UAGCUAGUGAAGUUUAUAUUAGUUCAGCAUGAAUUUUGUAGUAGUAAAAGUGACGGCGAUCUACCUAAUUUUUUCUCUUACUGUGGUCGAGCCUCAGCCUGUGGAUGCUAGAAAGAAGCAGCCUUUGAUCAACACAUUGGCAAGUCAGGAUCUUGUUACCAAUUUGCCUGGCCAGCCUGCUGUAGACUUCCAGCACUACGCUGGCUAUGUCAAUGUGAAUGAAACAAAUGGCAGGGCUCUCUUUUACUGGUUCUAUGAGGCUGCUACUAACCCAGAUCUAAAACCUCUUGUUUUGUGGCUUAAUGGAGGUCCUGGGUGCUCUUCUGUGGGAUAUGGAGCAACCCAAGAGAUUGGUCCAUUCAUAGUGGGCACUGAUGGCCAUGGACUUAGAUUUAAUAACUACUCAUGGAAUCAAGAGGCCAACUUGCUGUUCUUGGAAUCUCCAGUUGGGGUCGGCUUUUCAUACUCCAAUACAACAACUGAUUAUGAUAAUCUCGGGGAUGCUUUUACAGCAAAUGAUGCAUAUGCUUUUCUGCACAAGUGGUUUCUCAAGUUCCCAUCAUACAGAACAAGAACCUUCUAUAUUGCAGGGGAGAGUUAUGCAGGAAAAUAUGUUCCGGAGCUGGCCGAGCUCAUCAAUGACAAGAAUACAGAUCCUUCCCAGCAUAUUGAUCUCAAAGGAAUCCUGCUGGGUAAUCCUGAAACAUCAGAUGCUGAGGAUUGGAGAGGUCUGGUAGAUUAUGCUUGGAGUCAUGCAGUGGUAUCGGACGAAACUCAUAAAAUUAUACGAGAAAACUGUGACUUUGACGGUGAUACUUGGAGUAAUAAAAACUGUAGUCAAGCUGUGGAUGAAGUACUAAAACAAUACAAGGAGAUAGACAUUUAUAGCCUUUACACCUCAGUCUGCAUAGGUGAUACAGCAAAUUCAGAUGAUGCUUCGAUGCAAGUCAUGAUGAUGAAGAAAACAUCGACAAUGAUGCCAAGGAUUAUGGGUGGAUAUGAUCCAUGUCUGGAUGAUUAUUCAAAAAAAUUCUAUAACAGAGCAGAUGUGCAAAAGGCCCUCCAUGUUAGUAAUGGUCUCCCACUCAAGAACUGGAGCAUCUGCAGUGUCAAAAUAUUUAACAACUGGACCGAUUCAAAGCCAUCUAUACUUCCUAUUUACAAGAAACUCAUUGCAGCAGGAAUGAGAAUAUGGGUGUACAGUGGAGACACAGAUGGAAGAGUUCCUGUGUUGUCAACAAGAUAUAGCUUAGGUGCUCUGGGACUGCCUAUUACAAAAGCAUGGACGCCUUGGUACCACCAGAAGCAGGUGAGUGGAUGGUUUCAAGAAUACGAGGGGCUUACAUUCGCAACAUUUAGAGGAGCUGGGCAUGCGGUUCCUUGCUUCAAACCAAGCAACUCACUGGCUUUAUUCACCUCUUUUCUUCUUGGGGAAUCUUUGCCUUCCACGCGAUGAUCAAGUGAUCGUCACAGUGAUGAUAACUGAUAACGGAGAUCAUCUCAUAUCCAACUAUUAUACAAGGCAAACCAAGUAGAAGGCCAUAGCCAAAUAGAAAUUGCAGAACCCUUCUAAUCCCUCUAUAAAAUAAGGUCCUUAUUGGCAAGAAAAUCGAGGGUUAGUGGAUAGGUAAUGUAUUGUUGGUUAUAUAAAAUCUAAAUGAACUUUCAUAUAUAAUAUAUUUGAGUAGG